AUGGGUAAUUUCAUUAAAGUGAUAUUUAAUAAAUAUUGGUCGGUAUUCUAUAAGCCUGAUCCCAAAAAAACAGAAGAAAAUGUAUGGCCUGCUAUUAUUGUUGGUUUAUUUGCUGCAUUUGGUGGUAUAUUAUUUGGAUAUGAUACUGGUUCUAUUUCAGGCGUGAUGGAAAUGAAUUAUGUUUUAGAAAGAUUUCCAGAGGAUAAACCAAUGGAAUUUUCAUCAUCAGAGCAUUCAUUGAUUGUUUCGAUUUUGUCUGCUGGUACAUUCUUCGGUGCUCUCUCUGCUCCUUUUAUUGCUGAUACUUUGGGUCGUAAAUGGGUUAUUGUUAUCUCGUCAUUAUUUACAUUUAAUCUCGGCAUUGCGUUGCAAACCGCAGCAACAACCAUAGGAUUAUUAGCUGCUGGUAGAGUUAUUGCUGGUUUUGGAUUGGGUUUUAUCUCAGCAACUAUUCCUUUAUAUCAAUCAGAGACUGUUCCCAAGUCAGUUCGUGGAGCUAUUGUUUCUGUUUAUCAAUUGGCUAUUACAAUUGGUAUUUUUUUAGCAUCUUGUGUUGAAAAAGGUACACAUAACCGUAAUGAUUCAGGUAGUUAUAGAAUUCCUAUUGCUCUUCAAUUUGCUUGGGCAUUGAUUUUAGGUAUCGGUAUGAUUUUUUUACCAGAAACGCCGAGGUUUUAUAUUUCCAAAAACAAAGAAAUGGAAGGUAAAGAAUCAUUAUCAAAAUUAAGAAAAUUGCCAAUUGACCACCCUGAACUACUUGAAGAAUACGAUGAGAUCAAAGCUAAUUAUGAUUUUGAAAAUUCAUUUGGAUCAUCUAGUUGGCCAGAUGUAUUCAAGACUGGUAAUUCACAAUUAAAGAGAAUUUUCACAGGUACAUCGUUGCAAGCAUUCCAACAAUUAACUGGUAUUAAUUUCAUUUUCUAUUAUGGUACAACCUUCUUCGGUAAUGCUGGUAUUAAAGAUGCAUUCACAGUUCAAGUCAUCACCAAUCUUGUUAAUGUGUUUAUGACAUUUCCGGGUAUUUACUUAGUGGAAGUUGUUGGUAGAAGAGCAUUGUUGAUUUGGGGGGCAGCUGGAAUGUGUCUUUCAGGGUUUGUUGUUGCUAUUGUAGGCGAGAUAUCUGAUUCUGAUGCAUCUAAUAAAGCUUUGGUAGCCUUUGCUUGUAUCUUCAUUGCAUUCUUCGCAUCUAGCUGGGGCCCAGUUUGUUGGGUUGUCACUGGUGAGAUUUAUCCAUUGAGAGUCAGAGGCAAAUCUGUUGCCUUAACCACAGCUUCAAACUGGCUAUGGAACUUUGCUAUUGCUUAUGCUACUCCAUAUAUGAUUGAUUCUGGCCCAGGCAAUGCUAAUUUAGGAACUAGGGUGUACUUCAUUUGGGGUGGUUGCAACGUUCUUGCUGGUAUUUUUGCUUAUUGUUUCAUUUACGAGACCAAAAACUUAUCCUUGGAGGAAAUUGACGAGACCUAUCAAGAAAACAAAUAUGCCUGGCGAUCAACCAACUUCAAACCAAAAUCUUUUCACGAAAACAUUCAAAACAACAUGAUUGAAAAGGAAGAAUCCUUCAUUUCUAAAGAAAAGUCCUCCCAUAGUUUUGCUUAA